CUUUGAAAUCCCAGCUUACAUGAAGCAACACACUUUUUAUCCUUUGACUUAUUGUUGGAAAAAUAAACUGCGGAAAAGUGGCAGCCGUCAAGUAACCGAGCACCUCCCGCUCAUUUGUUUGCCUAUCGGCGCUUCUGUCCGGAGCGAUUUGCAUAGCCUGGAAUUUGAACCAUCACGCACUGCACAUAAGUGCAGUAAUAAGGAUGGCCGCGGUAUUUCGCUGUUUAAUGGCAAAGAGUGUUUUUAUAAGUCGAAGGUAAUUAAUCGUGGAAUGACGCGAUGCGGGAAACACCAGUGGAGCGGUGCGGAGGCAAUGAGGAAGCGGUGGGAAGAGGAGGGCACCGUGCUUUUACCUUAUCAGCUACUCUUUAACCCCACUGAGAAAUGGACGGACGGACAGACAGAGCGAGAGAGAGAGAGAGAGAGAGAGAGAGAGAGAGAGCGGUUCAGCCUGCCAGGGCCCUCAUUGCUGGGUAGGAGAUGGUGAGAGUGCACAGGGUGCGGCGCUCCAGCGACACACCAGCGAAUCCGAGUGAGACGGGGCAGCGCGGUGAACCAUGUGGGGCAGGUGGGGAGAAGAGCAGAGGAAAAAGUACUCGAAUUCCAACAUCAUCAUGCACGAAACGUCCCAGUAUCACGUGGAGCACCUCUCCACUUUCGUGAUGGAUAAGUCCGAGUCCAUCGUCACGGUGGAUGACGCCAUCAAGAAGCUCAUCCUGUUGGACUCGAAGGACAAGAUCUGGACACAGGAGAUGCUUCUGCAGGUCAGCGACAAGUCUGUGCGCCUGCUGGACUGCGACACACAGGAGGAGCUGGAGAACUUCCCCCUGUCCACGGUGCAGAUGUGCCAGACGGUGCUGAACCAGACGCGCUACCCGUCAGUGCUGCUUCUCGUGUGUCAGGAUGACGAGCAGCACCGGCCCGACAUCCACUUCUUCCACUGCGACGAGGUGGAGGCUGAAAUGGUCCAUGCUGACCUUGACAGCGCCCUCAGGGACAACAAACAAGGCAAGAAGAUGCGUCCGCAGACCCUGAAGGUUAACCAGGAGAAGAUGAAGCGCCACAGAGAGACCAUAAUCCCCCAGUCUUCCCCCAAGGAGCUGGGUCCUGGCAAGGGAAGAGUGGCUGCCACCAGCAUGAAAGAUAUCGACAGACGGGGUUCCGUUCAGCAUGACCAAGAGUCGUCCGAGAAGAUGGCCCAGCGCAUUGAGAAGGAUGUGCAAAUCCUGAACUGUGCCUUGGACGACAUCGAGAUCUUUGUAGCCCGGCUCCAGAAGGCUGCAGAGGCGUUCGUUCAGCUUAAACAGCGCAAUAAGAGCAAGAAGGGCAAGAAGAGAGGGCCUGCAGAGGGCAUGCUGACCCUACGAGCCAAGCCCCCCACAGAAGCUGAAUUCACAGACAGCCUGCAGAAGAUAAAGCUGGCCUUCAAUCUGCUGGCCAAACUGAAGAAGCACAUCCAGAACCCCAGUGCCUCUGAGCUCGUUCAUUUCCUUUUUGGUCCCCUGGAGCUGGUGCUGCAGAGCUGCGGGGGCCCGGAACUGCCUCGCUCCAUCAUUUCCCCUUAUCUGUCCCGGGAUGCUGUUGACUUCCUGAGGGGGCACCUCUCUCCCAAGGAGAUGACCAUCUUCGAGCUGCUCGGAGACAGCUGGACCAGGCCAAGAGGUGACUGGCCAAGAGAUCAGCUUGCCCCUCCCUAUUUGCCCAAGUUUCGCAAUGGCUGGGAGCCUCCUGCUGAGAUUUUUCUCUCAUCGCCAUGGGAAACGGAAGGAUCUCUCCAGCCCCUUAACCUCAGCCACCCAAACUACAGGAAACAGUCCGAAGAGUUUUUCGGACCGCAGUCCUACAGUCCAUCCAACGGGAUGUUUGAUGUUCCAUCCCCAAAAAAAUAUGCCAAGAUCCGCUACCACUUUGUGGCCCGAAAUGCCAACGAGCUCUCAGUGCUGCAGAACGAGGUCCUGGAGGUUUUAGAGGACGAUAAGCAGUGGUGGAAGCUCCGGAACAACAGCGGGCAGUCGGGCUACGUGCCCUAUAACAUCUUGGACGUGGUGAGGCCGGAGGACGUCCACGGUGUGGCGGAGCCGCUGUACAGCCAACCCAGCCAGCCCUACGGAGGCCAUACCCCCAGCAGCCCUUUAAGUCAAGGGGACAGUUUUGGUCAUAAUAAAGAUAAACGGAUAAACCAGAUGGACAAAGUGAAUGACGAGCUGUUACAGGUGAUCACCACAAAGCACCCGCCGGCGCGGAACUUCCGCGUGGACCGGUCCACCGGCUCACAGGUGCCGCUCACUUUCGAGUCCACCCCAGAGCAGGUCACCGUGUGGCUGAACUCCAAGAAUUUCACCAAACCGACGGUGGACUGUCUGGGCAUUCUAACCGGGGCCCAGCUCUUCUCCCUCAACAAGGAGGAACUGAAGGCCGUCUGUGGGGAUGAGGGUAGCAGAGUCUACAGCCAGAUCACUGUGCAGAAGGCUCAGCUGGAGAAGAGUCGCGGGGACACUGAGCUCCAGGAGGUCAUGAGGAGACAGCAAGAGAGGAUUAACUCGUCCUCCAGCAACUGAGCACGCGCGCAUUGCCCACCCUGCCCUGCCGAACCCUGGUAGCAAAGCACCCGCAGUAUGGGGGUGGUAACAUCGUCACUAAAAUCCCAGCACCCAUUUGUGAGUCACACCUUUGACAAGUUAACCCCGAGGUCACGCUGCACUUCUUCUCCUCUUGCCCCCAACGUCAGCAGACCUCCCCUCCUACACCCCUUACCCUGCCUCCGCACCUGAACGCUUAGCCCCGCUCAGCGGAGGACUCGCCUCGCAGUCAGACACCAAAAACAUUGUGACAUAAAACGGUUUUUAAUUGUAUAUUUAUUGUUUUAUUUUAUUGUAUUCAUAUGUCUUAUUUCAAUUAAUUUUUUUUCCCCCAUUUCCUCUCUUUCCCUGUAUUUUCUAGCAUUGUUAACAUUAAUCUUGCGUGUAUGCGGACUGACAGGUGACGUGUAUCUGUGUGUAUGCGCUUGCGUGUGUAUCCGUAGUCAAGGGGGAUCCCGAAUACGAGGCUCUUAUUCGCAGUGGUCAUGAAAGCAAUUAAAUGUGAUUUAGUGUUUGCCUGUACAAGAAACGCUUUUUUAAAACGAGACUUUUGUGUAAAUACUGCUGAAUCAGCUUCCGAGCAGCACAGGUAAAUGGAAAAUGAUACUGUUGUACUGAUGGAUAAUAUUUUGGACUGUGUGAAUAUUGCAAUAAUGUGCCUGCGAGGAGUCCGAGGAACUUUUAUUUCACCGGCUGGCAAACAUAUUGUAUCAAACACCUGAGGACAAUUCAUAGACGGUAUACAAAACACAUGAUGCAGCACUUAUUACAAAGCUGUGCAUUUAAUUGUCGGUGACUUUAAGUUAAUGACAUUCCGUCGAGUCUGUCUGUUUUUCUUAAUGCUCACUUGCACCUUGUGUCCAUUCCAGCUUAUUUCGAUGAGCCAGUCAUUUACCGAUGGAGUCGCUCUACGGGUUCCUACGAGCGCAGUCUUUGUGUACUCGUGCUUAUCUUGCAAUUCUCCCAUCAUUUUGAAAUUGAUGCGAUCCAGCCGAACCGUGCUUUCAAUACCCGGUAAUCUGGCCAUUCCGAGAUCUAUAAAAUUAAUAAGUACAUCUGGGUAUUUCUUUCAUUUAGUCUUCUUUUUAAGGCAUAAACACAAGUUAUUUCUUUAAGUCUUUAUUUUUUUUUUUUUUCCCUGAGGCCUCACAACACAGACAGACCCUGAAACCUGUUUGCAGUCUGUAGGUGGAGAUCAGUACAAAUGAAACUCACACAAAUCAAGUAAUAUUAUUGUAUAUAAUGGUGUCGUGGAGAAAGCCUAAUAAAUGCGAGCGGGGUUGAUUGUG